AUGGCUAGGUGCUUGGAAUCUCGCCCUGCAUACCGACUCGAAAGCUCCGAAAAAAAAGAAAAGAAUCGUGAUUCAGAAUCACUCUAUAUUCAUCACUUUCAUGCCCAGAAUCGAGCCAUGAUAUCACACGCCAACAUUACGAGUCCCCCGAAUCUAGACCUUCCGUCCAUCGGCAACCCGCAUACCUCCUGUGCAUACCGAAACACCUGCGACGCAUGUAUCAAUGAUAUUACUGCCAAGACGACCAUUUCUGUGAUAUUUGAUGAGGGUGUGUAA